AUGGUCCGUUAUGAGCGCAGUGCGGGCAUGAACGCCCUCAUGGACCAGGGACCAGGCCUUCUGUCUCCGCGCUCUGCAUCCGAAUCGCAACCCAGCCCAUCACCGACCAGACCUGGCUCGCCACGCGAUGACGAAGCCGAGACUUACAAUGCUGGCGAUAUCGCGAUGGAGAACAUCUAUGCUUCGCCUCUAUCAUCCCCUGACGACUUCACCCGUGGCGACAAGAGGGGUCACCGUAGUCGCCAUCCUCACACGAAGAGGUUCGAUCAUAAUCAAGCGCGGAAAUACCUGUUCAAAGUCGGUGGCCUGAAGCUUCUCACAACAAUCUUGUUCAGCGCGUUGAUCUGUGUCACUCUGAAAUCUUGGGAAGGGUUCCACGAAACUAUCGUGCUGUCCAAGAUGGAGAUCAAGAUCUUCAAUGCUCUCAUGAUUGGACUGUCAUUAUGCUUAGGUCUGAACCUCCUCGCUAGUCUGCAGAACUACGCAGGAAUCCUUCGCUGGUCUUUGCUGAGCCGGCGAUACGUCUCUCUGGAGACAUUCGAUCUAAUGCUUGGUCUCGAAAGACUGAGCAACGUUUUCAAGCUCAUGGUCAUUUCCCUUCCUCUUGUGCGACGUCACAAGUACUUGCGCAAAUUCAGGUGGCUGAAGGACGCACGACAAGACGACACCAAGUGGACAUGGGUCGUGUGUCUAGUCUGGCUUGGCAUCAAUGUUGGAUCGCAGGUCCUUGUCGCUGUCUCGAGUCUGUUCUAUCCCAUGGAUCCAUCCAUGAUACCGCUUCUUACGCAUGGCAAUGUCACAGUGGCCAACCUGGCUCACUGGCAUCCCACACCGGAGGCCGAAGAAGACGGCCAAUCCCUUAACCGCCAAGAGGCGUGGUUGUACGGCAUGGAAGCCAUCGCCUAUCCGCAAUUUGCACCGGAUGAUAUACAGCAAGAUCUUUCGAUCCUUCCGGGCCCGCCUCUUUACCAGCUUGCCAACGGAAGCUACGAGUACCGUUUCUUCAAUCGCAAUCCCGUCCACCAGUACUCCCACUACCUCCUCAGCAGCCGCAGCAUUAUUACCUCCGCCACAUGCGAUCAGCUAGAAGUCAGAGAUUCGGAGGAAGGCGAGUUCUACAUUGACGGAAGGCACCCUAAUACUGAUGACUGGACCACUUUCGUCAUUCCCCAGUACGCAGGCGGAGCGUUUACUUGGAUCGCCGAUGUGCGGACAGAAUUCUGCGGUCCACGCUGCACAAACUUUACAGUGUUGCAGCCACUGCUGAACACGACCAACAGUAACGUCACGAAAACGUCACUCUUUCUUUGCAACAGUACUGUCGAAGAAAUGACCAUGGGACACAACAAGCACGACAUAACGAACUUGUCGCGAGCUGACUACGAGUUCAUUUGUGGCAGCGACGACUGGGCAAAGAUAGCCUCCGGAUCGCUGGGCUGGACGGGCAUAUACGAGGAAGGCUGGGACAAGACGCAAUUCCGAACCUACACGCAAGGCUCGAAAUGGUCCCCAAAUCGCAACAUGGACGUAGCAGGAGUCCAGGACAUACUGAUGCGGUUCACCAUCGGUGCAAUUGCUGCGUUCGAUGACCACGGUCCCCGUUACAACGUCAUGAAUCAGAAUGUGCUGCCAAUACCGGGCCAACAGCUCAAUGUCGACUGGUCAUACCUCUUAAGCAUCCUCGGAGGUAUCUGCGGCAUCCAACUCAUCGCGUUGUGUUGCCUGCUCAUCUUCGCCAACCGUACGAUUGUCCGAGACGAGAGCUACUUCAGCGUAGCGAUGCUAUUGAGUCCAGUCAUCGGGCGUCUUGGUAGUGAAGGCGGCAUGAACAUGAGCGGCGAAGAGAUCAAGCAUCACCCCAAGCUUCAGUUCAAGAAGAUCCAGUACAGUUACCACGAAGGCAAGAAUGGUAAUCCAAACCAAGUGGAUAUUCUAUGGGAAGGACGGGAUAGUAGAGAGAGCAGAAAGAGCUGGGCGGCGGGUGUCUACAACUGA